AUGCUGCUCAGGUUAGGCGUUUUCGUAUUGUGCUCACUGCUGGAGCAAGCGGCUGCCGAGUCUAAAGUGGUCAACUACAUCGACAAUUCCAUUAUUGGUGAGUCGGAAUUCUCACAGUCCUCAUAGUCUUUUUCAUGGGAAAAGAGCUGAAAACUUUUGAAUCUUGAGUUCCCAAAAACUUUCAACCUAGUUUGCACAUUCAACCACACUUGUAAGAUCGGGAUCCUCUCGAGACCGUUCUCAUGAAAACUGUUCUUUACACUUUGCUAUUCUCCUUCGAACUCCCCCUCGAAUUCUUCGCUCUUGCCUCAUCGAACUGACCUCAUUCUCGCACUUUUUCCUCGAAACUGCUGGCAAGCAGAUAAUUAUGUUGAGGCGCAUCGAAGAGUUCGUUCGCUUUUAUCCGUUCGCCUGUUGGAGACGAGAAAAAGCGUGCGAUAAUCCGUGGGUGGUUUUGUGUGUUUUCUACAAGCAAUUAUGAGAUAAAUGAGUGCCUGAGCCUGGGUGUCGCGCCGAAUGACCGCCAACAUAAUGGGGUUCGGAGACGGACGAGAAAAACGAGGCUCAUUUGUAGGCACGCCGAAGGUAAUCUGUGCCGAAAACGAUCUUGCACUCGACAUUGUCACCUCGAAACCGUUCCGUGGCAACAUAUUUGUGAAGGGAAGGGCAAAGGACAAAUCGUGCAGACAGAGUUACGCGAACAACGGAACCAAUUCGUACUCUUUGCCGCUCGGGAAGUGCGGAAUGCAACGACUGCGAUCGGUAAAUGAAGCGGAGAGAAGGCGACGAAUUCGGAUUUCUUGUUCAGGCGAACCCUCGCGGCGUCAAUUUCAUGGUCACCGUCAUCGUUUCGUUCCAUCCGGCUGGCUUCAUCACGAAAAACGAUCGCGCGUUUCACGUGAAAUGCUUCUACAUGGAGCCUGAUGAGAUUGUCACUCAGAACAUCGACGUCAGGUGAGAAACCUCUUCUGUCAGUUCUCGUCUUAGGAACCGAUUACAGUAUGAUUCCGACUACGGAGCUGUCCGACAGUAUGUCCAUGCCAAAGUGCGAGUAUUCCGUCCGUCGGGAUGGUCCCAAUGGCCCGACCCUCACUUAUGCGAACGUCGGCGAUACCGUAUUCCACGUGUGGGAAUGCACUCCCGCCGACAUGGGGAUGCUCGUCAAAAAGUGUUUUGUGACGGACGGGGACGGAGAAGAUCAUGCCGUCGUUGAUUUUGAUGGCUGCGCAACUGAUCCGUUCCUGCUCAGCGAGCUCUCCUACGAUGCUUCCCUGAUGAGAGCGCACGCGUCGAGCCAAGUGUUCAAGUACGCGGACUCCAAUCAGUUGUACUUCACAUGUCAGAUCAGAUUGUGCCAGAAACAAAUGGGAAUGUGCCAGGAAGUGACAGUGAGAACUCGAAAAGGAGGGGAAUGGGAAGUGCAAUCGAAUACAUUUUCAGCCGCCGAGUUGUGGAGCCAAGAGAUUGGAGAGCGAGGCUUCAGGGGGGAACAGAACGAAAAGGGAGUCUGGGAUGGAGAAGAAUGAUUACGAGGUGAGCGAACAAACGAAAGACGCAAUAGAAUUUUGAUUGUCCAGAUUGACGUAGCCACUUCCGAACUUCUUGUCCUUGAUCCGGCUGACCGUGGCCUCCUCGCACCUUCUCCGUUCUGCGUGCCACGUCUUCUUCUUCCCGUCCUUCCGCUUCUUCUUAUCACCGUCGUUUCACUAACCGUCGUCUCUACGGCUCUUGUGAUCCGCCGUCAGAAUCACAAGAAGGAACUGGACGUUAUGCGAUCACCGGCCUACUAUUAA